UAGAGUUUGGAACUGCGCAUUUGUUUUAAGUCGCUCUGUCUAGUAGGUCGCGUAAGCAAAUAAUAAGCGGUCGGUGUGCAUUGAAACUUUUGUUGUUAAGUUUUAAUAGUAAAUAUGAGGGAAAUAGUUCAUAUACAGGCUGGCCAAUGUGGCAAUCAAAUUGGUGCUAAGUUCUGGGAGGUAAUUUCCGAUGAGCAUGGUAUUGAUCCCACUGGUACCUACCACGGUGACUCCGAUCUGCAACUGGAGCGCAUCAAUGUGUACUACAAUGAAGCAACAGGCGGCAAGUACGUGCCAAGAGCGAUCCUCGUCGAUCUUGAGCCUGGAACUAUGGAUUCGGUACGCUCAGGUCCUUUCGGUCAAAUCUUCAGACCUGAUAACUUCGUCUUCGGGCAGUCAGGCGCAGGCAACAACUGGGCUAAAGGCCAUUACACAGAAGGUGCAGAACUAGUGGACUCUGUCUUAGAUGUAGUCAGAAAGGAAGCAGAAGGAUGCGACUGUCUUCAAGGCUUUCAGUUGACACACUCGCUCGGAGGCGGCACAGGAGCCGGCUUGGGAACCCUUCUCAUCUCAAAGAUUCGAGAGGAGUAUCCCGAUCGUAUUAUGAAUACUUUUAGUGUGGUACCCUCGCCCAAAGUAUCUGACACUGUAGUCGAGCCCUACAACGCUACCCUGUCUGUGCAUCAGCUAGUAGAAAACACUGACGAAUCUUACUGCAUCGACAACGAGGCACUUUACGAUAUUUGUUUCCGUACUCUGAAGCUGACCACACCGACCUAUGGGGAUUUAAAUCAUUUAGUAUCAGCGACGAUGUCGGGCGUCACCACUUGUCUUAGGUUCCCUGGUCAACUGAACGCUGAUUUGAGGAAACUUGCUGUGAACAUGGUCCCAUUCCCUCGUCUCCACUUUUUCAUCCCUGGGUUUGCGCCGUUGACGUCUAGAGGGAGUCAGCAGUACCGAGCUCUGACUGUACCGGAGUUGACGCAACAGAUGUUUGAUGCUAAGAAUAUGAUGGCUGCGUGUGACCCUCGCCACGGGAGGUACCUAACUGUAGCAGCUGUGUUCAGGGGUCGUAUGUCAAUGAAAGAGGUAGAUGAGCAGAUGAUGAACAUUCAGAACAAGAAUUCUUCAUACUUCGUGGAGUGGAUUCCGAACAACGUGAAGACCGCAGUGUGCGACAUCCCGCCUCGAGGUUUGAAGAUGUCUGCCACUUUCAUUGGGAACUCGACAGCUAUCCAGGAGCUGUUCAAGCGUAUUUCUGAGCAAUUCACUGCUAUGUUUAGACGUAAGGCGUUCUUGCAUUGGUACACCGGUGAGGGGAUGGAUGAGAUGGAGUUUACGGAGGCUGAGAGUAACAUGAAUGACUUGGUGUCGGAAUACCAGCAGUACCAGGAUGCCACCGCUGAGGAGGAGGGUGAAUUUGAUGAAGAGGAGGAAGGUGGUGAUGAAGGAGACUAGACUACUUUUGUGUCCUUUUGUUAAGACUUGCAUUAUAUUUUAUAUUUUGUA